AGAGUGUGUUAAACCCUACCUUUUCCUUUGUUUCUGAAGCUACACCAAGAGAGUAAGCCGCGGCUGCAUCAGGACGAGAUUGCAACAUGAAGUUUAACGUUGCGAAUCCCACCACUGGAUGCCAGAAGAAGCUGGAAAUCGAUGAUGACCAGAAGCUCCGUGCAUUUUGGGACAAGAGGAUCUCACAGGAGGUUCUUGGUGAUGCUUUGGGCGAGGAGUUUAAAGGAUAUGUUUUCAAGAUUACUGGUGGGUGUGACAAACAAGGAUUCCCAAUGAAGCAGGGUGUGUUGACACCUGGGCGUGUUAGACUCUUGCUCCACAGAGGUACUCCUUGUUUCCGUGGACACGGAAGGCGUACUGGAGAGCGUAGAAGGAAGUCUGUUCGUGGAUGUAUUGUCAGCCCAGACCUCUCUGUUUUGAACUUGGUAAUUGUGAAGAAAGGUGACAAUGAAUUACCAGGUCUUACUGAUGUUGAGAAGCCAAGGAUGAGAGGUCCUAAGAGAGCAUCCAAAAUUCGUAAGCUGUUCAACCUGUCAAAGGAGGAUGAUGUGCGAAAAUAUGUCAACACCUAUCGUCGUACUUUUACCACCAAAGCUGGGAAAAAGGAGAGCAAAGCUCCCAAGAUACAACGACUUGUCACUCCUUUGACACUCCAAAGGAAGCGAGCAAGAAUUGCAGAUAAGAAAAAGAGAAUUGCUAAGGCUAAAUCAGAGGCAGCAGAUUAUCAGAAACUCCUUGCAUCCAGAUUGAAGGAGCAGAGGGACCGCCGAAGUGAGAGUUUAGCAAAGAAGAGGUCUAGACUAUCUACUGCCACCAAGCCAACUGCCACAGCAUAGGCAACUUACAGCUAGAGAUGUGGUGAAGUUUGAACUCUGCCUUAGUUUUCUGUAGUCUUGUUCCAUGAGGGUGGUUAUGAUAAACAUUUAUGAAUUUUCCUAUUUAAAUACUUUCGAGUUGAUUGGCUUAUUUUACAUGCUUCUGUUUGGAAUUUUCAAUUGAAUUUUGAAGGAUUUUUGCUUAGUCUAUAAAUUAUCUAUUUUAUGUUC